AUGCGGGGAUUUAUCUGUGUCCAGGUUGUCACGGCUUUAGCCUUUUCAACAGCCGCCAUUGCGCAAACCCUUCCUGAAGACUUGGCUGGAGCGAUCUCCAACUACUCAUCUCUCUCUUUAUUCCGAUCCCUACUCAGCUCCGCUCCACAAGCUCUCAUCACAUCUCUAUCUGAGAAAGAUAGCAACGUCACAGUUCUAAUCCCUACCAACGAUGCCAUCAAGGGUUAUCUGAAAGCUUCCAGUGUCUCUGAUGUAACAGAGCUCAAUCAGACAGAACUACAAGUCUUCUUUUCGUAUCAUGUUUUAUCAGCCUCCUUAAAAUCCUCCGACUUUGACGACCCGCGAGGAUUGUCGGUCCCCACUUUGCUGCAAAAUUCACAAUUCAACAACAGGAGCGCCGGACCUCAAAUCGAAAGUCAAUUCGGAAAAGGCUCUGAUGGUCAAGUGGUUUUUGCUUCAAGGCAGGAUCGAAAUAAUAAGCGAGCUGAUGAUGACCUUGGUGGACCGAAUGUUAUUCUACGAGCAGGUUUGGCUCAGGAUGUUAAGAUGACUGCAGUUGAUGGCUCCUGGGGCACUAAUAGUAUCAACUCAUUCCAAAUUGUUGACAAAGUUCUCUCUCCUCCUAGGUCUUGCUCCAACACUGUUCACACCAUCAAAGAUAGCCGACUUACUGGCCUGAAUAUCGCUCUGGUCAAAGCGGGUCUUUGGCCUGCUCUUGAUGCAUCUCGGAAUGUUACGUGUCUGGCACCAUCGACCCAAGCUUUCAAGGAUGCAGGAAGCCCAGAUGUUAAGCUCUCCAAGCAAGACUUGGGUGGAGCGUUGCUGGCCCAUACCUUGAAGGAAGUUACUUAUUCCAACUACCUUCGGGAUGGCCAGGUCGUCGGGACUCUAAACAACACCGAAGUCCGGGUUAGUAUUAUAGGUGAAGACAUCUUCUUUAACAAUGCCAAGGUUAUUGAAGCAAACAUACUUACAAACAAUGGUCUUAUUCAUAUCCUUGAUUCUGUCAUUGAGGAAGGAGGGAAGCCCAGUAGUAAUGAGACUAGCACUGCGACGGGUGAGUCUCCUACUGCGACGUCGAGUGGACAGGAACCAACUUCUACGUCUGGAAGUAACUCGACUGGGCAGGGAAAUUCUGGAAGUCAUUCUUCUGUUAGGCUUUACAAUUAUCUCGUGCCAGUUUUCGUCCUUUUCAGCAUGGUACGGUAG